GGAAAGUGGCUGUGUAUCAUCAGGUGGUUGCACUUCAGUCUCUGCAGUUUAACCCCUGAAUUGCUUAUUCUGCAGGAAGUCAGGAUGGGAUCCCGUUCGCUACAGCGUUGUACACCUGAUUAGGGCCUGUCAUAAAUAAAGGGAAGGGUAACCACCUUUCUGUAUACAGUGCUAUAAAAUCCCUCCUGGCCAGAGGCAACAUCCUGUUACCUGUAAAGGGUUAAGAAGCUCAGCUAACCUGGCUGGCAACUGACCCAAAGGACCAAUAAGGGAACAAGAUACUUUCAAAUCUUGGGUGGGGGGAGGCUUUUGUUUGUGCUCUUUGUUUACGUGUUUGUUCUCUCUUGGGACUGAGAGAGGCCAGACAAAUCCAUCUUCUCCAACCCAUCCUAAUCCAAGUCUCCAAUAUUGCAACCAGUAAAGGUAAGUAAGCCAGGCAAGGCGGAUUAGUUUAUCUUUUGUUUUAUGUGAAUUUUCCCUGUGUUAAGAGGAAGGUUUAUCCUGUUUUCUGUAACUUUAAGGUUUUGCCCAGAGGGGGAUCCUCUGUGUUUUGAAUCUGGAUACCCUGUAAAGUAUUUUCCAACCUGAUUUUACAGAGGUGAUUUUUACCUUUCUUUUUUUUAAUAAAAUCCUUCUUUUAAGAACCUGACUGAUUUUUCCAUUGUUCCAAGAUCCAGGGGUUUGGGUCUUUGAUGAUUUUGUAACCAAUUGGUUAGGAUAUUAUUCUCAAGCCUCCCCAGGAAAGGGGGUGUAGGGCUUGGGAGGCGGGGGGGAUAUUUUGGGGAAAGACGUCUCCAAGUGGGCUCUUUCCCUGUUCUUCGUUUAACAUGCUUGGUGGUGGCAGCAUACUGUUCAAGGUCAAGGCAAAGUUUGUACCUUGAGGAAGUUUUUAACCUAAGCUGGUAAGAAUAAGCUUAGGGGGUCUUUCAUGCGGGUCCCCACAUCUGUACCCUAGAGUUCAGAGUGGGGAAGGAACCCUGACAGGGCCCCACUCCUAAUGGGUCCUGGUCAUUGUAGGAUGGGUUCCUAGGAGAGUAACAUGGGUAUUUCUCUGCUCCCUCUGAAGUGGCAAACAUUGGCCAUUGCUGGAAUUAGGACUGGAAAAUAAUAGGUAAUGGUCAGAACUGCUAAAGCAGACCCCUAUCUUCUUUAGGCACCUUCGCCAUUUGAGACAUGGCAACUUGUACUCUUGGGGGAAUUCUGCAUCACUGCGCGGUGCAGAAUUUAUGUUCUCCACAAAAUUUUUUCCCCUGCAGAAUUUGUGAUCUCCCACUGUCAGUCCUAUGCAUGGCCAGGCUUGAGCUGUCAGCCCCACACAUGGCAGCCCGAACCCGACAGCCCCAGUUGCGCAGCAGAAUUUUAAAAUAUUUAAUUUUUUUGACACAGAAUUCCCCCAGGAGGAAACUUGCUAUUUCUUCCUGCUGGAGCGUUGGUGCCAAGGAUUACAAAGUGGCUUUUAGCAUCACAAGUUAGCUGCCUGCGUGCUGUUGUUCAUGUAGGCUCAAGGGCAUGCAGGGUGCUUUACAGGAGUACUGUUUACUAAGCGCUGAUAAGAAUUCUGUCCAAGUCCCUAAUCCUGCAGGCAGGCAGAAAUUUGCACACACACGUAGUCCUUUGAAUUCAAUGCUAGAGAGUUUAAAAUGUGCUUGCAAAGUCAGAGCACCAACAGACAGAGAUGGAAUGCAGGUGAAGUCUGAGAUAAGAGUUCAUGGAGUUAGAUAUUCAUGUUUCCCCACAAGUCCUGUUGGUUCUAGUUUUAAGACAGAAAACUUUGGUUUUUCAACAAGUGUUACAGCAAAGGCAUGGAUGUUGUGAGCAGAGGCUGAGGUGAUUAGUAAGGGAAUAAUGGUUGAAAAGAGGGAAGAUUUUUAGCAAGGCCUUGAACAAAAGCAAAGAUUUCUGGUAUUUUAAUUAAUGAGGGAACUCAAUGCCUAGGUAGCAGCAUGGAAAGUGAGACAUUAAAAUCAUGGGUCUUUAUUAUCCAGUAGAACUGGUCAUUUUAUUUGUUUAAGCAAAACUGAAAUUCUGUAUUUUGAUGUAAAAAUCGGAAACUGAACACUUGUUUGUUGGUUAAAAAUUAUGUUGCUUCGGGGGGCGGGGGAAGCUUACAAAAAGUGUGGGUUUCUGGUUUUCUGAUACCAGAAAAUUUGUGGAGAGGGGAGUUCUGAAGUUUCCUGAAGAAGUGAAAACCUGAUCUAUUAAACUGAUUAUAAAAAGCAGUCGUGGCUUGGUCACCCCCUGAUAACUCUACCCCCAUCUCCUUCCCAAAGUAUCACUUCCUCCCAUGCUUUAAUCUAUGCACGGUAAUAUAAAAUGCAAGUAUCAUUUGGUGUGAUAUCAAAAUUGAUAAAAGUGCACAUUUCACAGCAGUGGAUUUCAUGGAGGUUCUGGUACGUCUCCCCCUUUUGAGGGUAAUGGUUUUGUUUGUUUAAAAUUUUUGUUGUUUUGUUUCAGGGUGUUUUUGUUGUUGAAUAGGGUUUAUUGACUAGACGGGGUAGGGAUCAGUGUUGCAGGUGUCAUUCAGUGGUGGUAAAACUGUUUCGAAGAGGAAGAUUUUGCAGAGUUUCCUAGAGAUGGUCAGACCCUGAAUUCACCUGAUCUUCUCCUAGAAGUUUAUUCUACUGCUGGCUCCAUGGGGCUAAUCCUCCAUCCUUUUAACUGUAACCCUUAUGGGGUACGUCAGGCUAUAAUUAAGGCUUCGAAUCUUUCACGGAGGUCACAGAUUCUGUGACUUUCCAGGACCUCCGUGAUUUCUGCAGCUGCAGUGGCUAGUGCAGCUGACCCCAGGACUGCCCCAGGCAACUGGUCCUGGGCGCUGCCCCGGAGCAGCGGUCCAGGAGCAGCAGCAGUACCCCAGGCCACCCCCACCCGGGGCAGCAGCGGCAGUCCUCCAGGAGCAGCCGCAGAGGCAGGACCCCUGGCCACCCCCCACCUCCAGGAGCAGCAGCAGCAUCUGCGGGAGCACCGCCCCACCACCAUCAGUAGGUAAGAGUUAGUUAGGAGUAUUUUUCAUAAAACUCAUGGACCGAUCACUGGCCCUGACUUUUUGGUUAUUGACUGUGACCUGACCGUGACUUUUACUAAAAAUACCUGUGACUAAAUCGUAGCCUUAGCUAUAAUGCAGAGGAAUCACACGCAGCUUUGCUUUCUUCUAUCUCUGAACAAGGAGCUUUGUUAGAAUAAGGAGCACAGAGGAGAGACAAGGUGGGUGAGGUAAUACAUUUUAUUGAACCAACUUCUGUAACCCUCAGCAAGUUUGCAGAUGACACUAAACUGGGAGGAGUGGUAGAUACGCUGGAGGGUAGGGAUAGGAUACAGAAGGCCCUAGACAAAUUAGAGGAUUGGGCCAAAAGAAAUCUGAUGAGGUUCAACAAGGACAAGUGCAGAGCCCUGCACUUCGGAUGGAAGAAUCCCAUGCACCGCUACAGACUAGGGACCAAAUGGCUCGGCAGCAGUUGUGCAGAAAAGGACCUAGGGGUUACAGUGGACGAGAAGCUGGAUAUGAGUCAGCAGUGUGCCCUUGUUACCAAGAAGGCCAAUGGCAUUUUGGGAUGUAUACGUAGGGGCACUGCCAGCAGAUCGAGGGACGUGAUCGUUCCCCUCUAUUCGACAUUGGUGAGGCCUCAUCUGGAGUACUGUGUCCACUUUUGGGCCCCACACUUCAAGAAGGAUGUGGAAAAAUUGGAAAGCGUCCAGCGGAGGGCAACAAAAAUGAUUAGGGGACUGGAGCACAUGACUUAUGAGGAGAGGCUGAGGGAACUGGGAUUGUUUAGUCUGCGGAAGAGAAGAAUGAGGGGGGAUUUGAUAGCUGCUUUCAACUACCUGAAAGGGGGUUCCAAAGAGGAUGGCUCUAGACUGUUCUCAGUGGUAGCAGAUGACAGAACAAGGAGCGAUGGUCUCAAGUUGCAGUGGGGGAGGUUUAGGUUGGAUGUUAGGAAAAACUUUUUUGCUAGGAGGGUGGUGAAGCACUAGAACGGGUUACCUAGGGAGGUGGUGGAAUCUCCUUCCUUUGAAGUUUUUAAGGUCAGGCUUGACAAAGCCCUGGCUGGGAUGAUUUAGUUGGGGAUUGGUCCUGCUUUGAGCAGGGGGUUGGACUAGAUGACCUCCUGAGGUCCCUUCCAACCCUGAUAUUCUAUGAUAAGGGUUACAGUUCAGAGGAUGGGGAUUAGCUAACCGCCAAUAAAAAGUGCUCACUCAUGAAAUCUGUAUCCCCCUUUUUGUCCUAUGGCUACAGGGGUGUUAACUGGGCACUUCACCUUGAAUGAUCCCGUAGAAUAUGUGCUUCUGCUAAACUACCUGUUCAACCUUGUAUGUGGCUGUGACACUGAGUGCCUUUUCCAGACCCUUUCCCAGAGGAAGAGCUCUGUGUAGCUCGACAGCUUGUCUCUCUCUCCAACAGAAGUUGGUCCAAUAAAAGCUAUUACCUCACCCACCUUGUCUCUCUAACGUCCUGGGACCAACAUGGCUACAACACUGCAUACAAUGGGGGACACAGUGUUAGCCACAAGGUUAGCCUUCCUCUGUUUCACUUCUAGAGCUUCUGCCUAGAAUCUUGCCACAUCCUCCCUGGCUUCCUGCUACAGCUUUUAUGCAUAUCCUUGUAGUGCAUGCACAAUUUUUGCUUUCCUUUGCAGUAUUCUCACUAGGGGCUUGUAACCAUUGCUGUCCCUCCGUAGGCGUUGAAGGCAUGCAGCGUGUAACAGAGGGGCUCCCAUUAUUUCCAUGAGCAAGUGCUUUGAAACAAGGAAAAAAGCAAUUUCCUCUUAAUCUUAAAAAGAAAAUCAGCCCAAGAAUCUGCAUUUGCUCUUUGUGUGUGGGCAACGUAACCACCUCAUCAGCCUCAAACAUGAGAGCAGCAAAUCUAUAUCCUCCAGUUAAGUCCCAUUAGAAAUCUUUCUAAUAGGCAGCAGUGUUUGUUCCAGAAGAUCUGGCAUCUCUCUCUUUGCUUUAAUGAGACACUGGCCCGUGCAGCGUGCCAUGCAGCAGCUGUGAGCGAUGGGAUAUUAGACUGACAAGGUGUCAGUAGGAUUUGAGGACCACAAUCCCAGUUCAAAUGGACCUUCUGGUGGCUAAAAAGCCAAUAUAAAGGCUCAGACUUGUGCAAUUGGCAUAAUAAAAAUGCAACUCACAAAGCAGCCAAAAAUAAAAGCAACAGAUCAGACUGGGUUGCCCCUUGGCUGGGAAACAGAACCCUUUACUCUAAACCAUUCAUAUUAAGGCAGUACUGUACCUAGGAAUCUUAAUCAAGGAGCAGGGCUCCAGAGUGCUAAGUAUUGUAGAGAUAUGUAAUGGACAGCAGUCUGCGCCCCAAAGGACUCAAGCUGCAUUAGAGAGAAUGCAAGAGGUGGGUGAGAGGGAAUCGGCUAAUGCUUCAGUUAGCACUGUUUGUUAGCUGACAGUCCAGCCACUCUGUGCAGUUUGAGUGGUGUUCCACAGUGAGGCUGUUCUCAUGCUACCGUUGUUAAUUGAGUGAAGACAACUUGAGUUAACUGUGUGGCAAAGACUUAGGGCUUGGCUACACUUGCGAGUUACAGCCUAUUAAAGGAGCCCCAGGAACACUAGCUCACUACCCGUCCACACUGGCAAGGCACGAAGAGCGCUCUGACUCCGUGGCUAGAGCGCUGCUGGUCUCCACCUCGGCCAGUGGAAUAACGUUUUUGUGCGCCCCCCCUGGAGCGCCGCGGCACCAGUGUGGACGCCCUGGUCUGUUAAUGCGCUCUGAUUGGCCUCCAGAAGUGUCCCACAAUGCCUGUUCUAGCCACUCCGGUCAUCACUUUGAACUCUACUGCCCUGCCCUCAGGUGACCAACCGUCAGACCAGCCCUUUAAAUUCUCUGGGAAUUUUGAAAAUCCCUUUCCUGUUUGCUCAGCCAGGCGUGGAGUGUUCUCAGCGAAUCUUUCCAGGUGACCGUGCCUCCACGUGCCAGGCGAUCCCCAGUAUGGAGCAAUGGCAAGGUGCUGGACCCCAUUAGUGUUUGGGGGGAGGAAGCUGUCCAGUCCCAGCUGCGCUCCAGCCGUAGGAAUUGCGAUACCUUCAGGCAGAUAUCAAGGGACAUGAUGGAAAGGGGCCAUGAUCGGGACGCACAGCAGUGCAGGAUUAAAAUGAAGGAGCUGCGGAAUGUGUACCGCAAAGCCCAUGAGGCAAACAGCCGCUCCGGUGCUGCCCCUGCGACCUGCCAUUUCUACAAAGAGCUGGACGCGAUACUUGGGGCCGAACCCACCUCCACUCCGAGUACCACCAUGGACACUUCAGAGCCCAGUUCAACAAGGCAGGAGGAGGAGCAAAGUGGGAGCGAGGGUGCUCCGGAGGAGGAAUACACCCCGGCAUCCCUAGAUGCAUGCAGCCAGGAGCUGUCCUCAAGCUAGGAGGAAGGUGGCCAGUCACGGCGGCCAGUGUUUGGGGAAGGACAAACAUCAGAGGAGGUUCCCAAUGAAACCUUGAGGUUUCAGUCGUCCAUGUCAUCACCAGCUGAGAGGCUGCAAAGAAUCAGGAAGAGGCCACGCAGAAGCAAAGAGGACACGCUGCGUGAAGUCAUGCAGCAUUCAAGUAAUGAAAUUCAAAAAGAGCAGGAGUGGCGGGAGAGUGAAAGGAGGGUCCGCCAGUAGAAUACGGAUCGCUGGCACCAAAGCACGGAGCGGCUGCUAAGCAUCAUGGAGCGCCAAGCGGACUCGAUCCAGGCGCUCGUCGCCAUGCAGGCAGAGCACUGCCUCACCCGCCUGCCCCUGCAGCCCUUGUCCCAAAACUCUUUCCCUUGUGCCCCCAUGUCACCUCCAACCCACUUUCCCCAACAUCCGGGUUCUUAUCGCCACCAGCUGCCUCCAACACCUGUAGCUUCACCACCCAGCCCUGAAAACUACAACCCUUACCCACUGCACUCAACCCCCAUCACCAGGCAGUAUAGCCCUCCUGAAGUUCAGCACUCAUUGCACAGCACUCCAUACGCAAAUCUGUGAUUGUACCGUUCCCCACCCCACCCCCUUGCCCUUUCCUGUUUCCCAAGCAGUUGUUUCUUUUCAUUAAAUGGAUUUUUUUGCUUUGAAAACUUCUUUAUUAUUGCAUAAUGUAAAAGAUACCUUAGCCUAGGAAAGCAACAGGCACUGCAAGUCAGAGUAGCAAACACAGAUUUCUACUAACAUUGGAACCACUGCACUUCACUCUCGUGCAGGGCGCCAGACAUUACUGGUGGCUUUCAGCCUCAAAUUGCUCCCUCAAGGCAUCCCUAAUCCUUGCAGCCCCACGCUGGGCCCCUCUAGUAGCCCUGCUCUCUGGCUGUUCAAAUUCAGCCUCCAGGUGUUGAAUCUCCGAUUUCCAUGCCUGAGUGAAUCUUUCCCCCUUCUCUUCACAAAUGUUAUGGAGGGUACAGCACACGGAUAUAACCGCGGAGAUGCUGUUAUCAGCCAGGUCCAGCUUCCCAUACAGAGAGCACCAGCAGCCCUUUAAACAACCAAAAGCACACUCCACAGUCAUUCUGCACCGGCUCAGCCUGUUGUUGAACUGCUCCUUGCUGCUGUCAAGGCUCCCUGUGUAGGGUUUCAUGAGCCACGGCAUUAAAGGGUAAGCGGGGUCUCCCAGGAUCACAAUGGGCAUUUCGACUUCUCCUACGGUGAUCUUCUGGUCUGGGGAAAAAAGUCCCGGCUUGCAGCUUCCUGAACAGGCCAGUGUUCCGAAAGAUGCAUGCGUCAGGCACCUUUCCAGGCCAGCCUGUGUUAAUGUCCAUGAAAUGCCCACGGUGAUCCACAAGCGCCUGGAGAACCAUCGAGAAAUACCCCUUCCGAUUAACGUACUUGGAGGCUAGGUGGGCUGGUGCCAGAAUUGGAAUAUGCGUCCCAUCUAUCGCCCCUCCGCAGUUAGGGAAACCCAUUGGUGCAAAGCCAUCCACAAUGUCAUGCACGUUACCUGGAGUCACGGUUCUUCUGAGCAGGAUGUGAUUAAUGGCCCUGCAAAGUUGCAUCAAUAUGAUUCCAACGGUUGACUUCCCCACUCCAAACUGGUGAGCGACUGAUCGGUAGCUGUCUGGAGUUGCCAGCUUCCAGAUUGCAAUAGCCACCUGCUUCUCCACCGGCAGGGCAGCUCUCAAUCUCGUGUCCUUGUGCCGCAGGGUGGGGGGCGAGCUCCUCACACAGUCCCAUGAAAGUGGCUUUUCUCAUCCGAAAGUUCUGCAGCCACUGCUCAUCAUCCCAGACUUGCAUGACGAUGUGAUCCCACCACUCAGUGCUUGUUUCCCGAGCCCAAAAGUGCCGAUUCACGGUGGUGAGCAUGUCCGUGAAUGCCACAAGCAAUCUUGUGUCCUGUGUGUUACUCACAUCGAUAUCAUCGUCUGAGUCCUCACUGUCACUUUGGAUCUUAAGGAAUAACUCAACUGCCAAACGUGACGUGCUGGCGAGACUCGUCAGCAUGCUCCUCAGCAGUUGGGGCCCCAUUCCUGCAGACCGAAAGGGAAGACAGAGCGCAUGGUACAAAAAAUGUUGAAAGAUGGCGCCAAUUGUGAACGGAAGCAGAGGGAUUGCUGGGAUGCGAACUGAUGCAUCAUGGGGCGUUGGGACAGGACCCAGAAUGCCUUGCACCCUCUGCCCCCUUCCCACAAGCCACAGUGCCACAAUGGGAAGAGGUGCUCUGUGGGAUACCUGCCCAUAAUGCACUGCUCCAAAUGCCGCAAAUGUGGACACGCCAGUGUGCUUGCAGCUGUCAGUGUGGACAGACUGCAGCGCUUUUCCUACUGCGCUCUCUGAAGACACCACUGUUCAGGGGUUGAAGGGAUCUGGAGAAGAAAUCACAGCUGCAUACACCACUGUUCCUUUCCUUUUUUUGAGAGCCUGACAAGAACUCUACCAGAAAUAACUAAGCGUUUUCGGCUUUGUUAAAAUCAGCCGUCUUGUUGUUGUUUAGGAGCGAGCACUUCAGAAAGAAUAGCAUCAUGUACACAUUUCUGCCGGAAAACUUCAACCUGGUGAAGCCGAAGCCGUCCAAGGAGCUGAAGCCAAUGAUCGGUGCAAUAAUCGUCGGGCUCAUCUUGUUCAUUGCAGCGGUGGUGGCUUGGUGCUACUACACGGCGUCUCUCAGGAAGGCGGAGCGGCUAAAGACGGAAUUGAUGGACCUGAGGAAGGAUGGGUUCAUCAUCAAAAACCACAACGGGGAGGUGGUCUUCAGACUGGCCUUUCAGUCGGGCACCCUCGAUCUGGAGUCCUGCUCGAAAGAAGGGGAGAUUUUAAGCUGCACCAGGUCAGACAGAGGGAAGCUGAAUUUCUUCAUUCAGACUGUCAAGCCCAAGGACACGGUGAUGUGCUACCGCGUCCGCUGGGAGGAGUUUGUGGGAGACACGGUGGUCGAGCACACCAUGUUUUGGGAGGACGCUCACUGGUACGGGGGCUGUGAAAUGAGCGUCCAGCACUGGCCAAUCAGACUGCCAGGGUACCAGGAGCCCAUGCCCUUUGUGACGAGCGAUGUGUAUUCCUUCAGGGGCAGCUUUGGAGGCAUCUUGGAAAGGUACUGGCUGUCCUCAAAAGCGGUGGCUAUAAAGAUCAACGACUCGGUGCCCUUCCACCUGGGGUUUAACGCCAGUGAACGGUCGCUCUUCUUUCAGGCCAGGUAUAAGGAUUCUCCCUACAAACCGCCCCUUGGGCAGCAGCCUUUCCCGGAGCUAAGCUACCGUGUCUGUGUCGGUUCGGAUGUGACCUCUAUUCACAAAUACAUGGUGCGUAGGUACUUCAACAAGCCUUCUAAGAUCCCAUCAGAAAACGCCUUCCGGUACCCCACCUGGUCUACACGGGCUCUGUACAAAAAUCAUAUUGACCAGGAUAAACUUCUAGAUUUUGCAGAAAAGAUUAAAAAGUUCCGGUUUAAUUGCAGCCAUAUUGAAAUUGAUGACAUGUACACACAGACUUAUGGCGAUUUUGACUUUGAUCCGGUAAAGUUCCCUAAUGUGACAGAAAUGUUCAAAACGCUGAAAGAAGAGGGAUUUAAAGUUACCCUGUGGACGCAUCCCUUUAUAAACUACAAUUCCUCCAAUUUUGGAGUGGGGAUAGAGCAGCAGCUCUUUAUCAAGGAGCCAACAGGGAAACUCCCUGCGAUGGUGAAGUGGUGGAACGGCAUUGGGGCCAUAUUGGAUUUUACCAAUCCCACAGCCAGGGAGUGGUUUCAGAGCCACCUGAAACAACUGCGGUCAAAGUAUGGCAUAGCGUCCUUUAAAUUUGACGCUGGUGAGGUAAGCUACCUUCCAAAGCAGUUCAGCACCUUCAGGCCCUUGUCGGAUCCCAGCAUCUGGUCCAGACGGUACACGGAAAUGGCCAUUCCGUUCUACGAGCUCGCCGAAGUCAGGGUCGGCUACCAGUCCCAAAACAUCUCGUGCUUCUUCCGCAUCAUCGACCGCGACUCGGUUUGGGGAUAUGAGCUUGGCCUCAAGUCCUUGAUCCCUACAGUGCUCACCAUUAGCAUGCUGGGGUAUCCUUUCAUUUCAGCUGACAUGAUCGGUGGUAAUUUUUUCCCCAACAAGACGGAAGGUGCUGUUGAAAUCCCGGAUCAGGAGCUGUACAUCCGCUGGCUGGAGCUGUCGGCCUUCAUGCCCUCCAUGCAGUUUUCCAUACCCCCCUGGCUCUACGACAAGGCAGUGAUUGAGAUUGCACAGAAGUUCACAGAGCUGCAUGAGUCCCUGGUUGCCCCUCUCCUGUUGGAGCUAGCUGGGGAGGUCACCGACACGGGAGACCCCAUCAUACGGCCCAUCUGGUGGAUUUCUCCCAGGGAUGAAUUCGCUCACAAGAUCGACUCCCAGUUCCUCAUUGGGGACACCCUCAUGGUAGCCCCUGUCCUGGAGCUGGGCAAGCAAGAGCGAGAUGUGUACCUCCCGGCUGGCAAAUGGCGCAGUUACAAAGGGGAGCUGUUUGAGAAGACCCCAGUCCUGUUAACAGACUAUCCCGUUGACUUGGACGAAGUUGCUUAUUUCCUCUGGGUAUCUUAACAGACUCCUCCGUCCACUCUAAUCUUUGUGAUAACCAUGCCUUACUUUAGGAUCUUAAAACAAAUAAUUCUAAAUGCACAGUGCGUUUCUUUGGGGGGGUGCUGUAGGGGAAUGGGAAAUUAACAGGACUUUGUUUUUUAAAUCUCCUCUAUUUUGUCAAUGAGACGCGCUCCAGUUUGGGCUGUGGUGUAUAUAUAAAUGCAGAAGGAAUCAUAGCAUCACAAGAUGCAUGCAGGAAGCUGAGGCCUUUUCAAAUCUCUGAGUUCAAGAGGUCAACGCACCCCUGGGUUUUUAGCUGUGCAGCAUGUAUUUGUUUUGGUAUUUUUUAAUUAUUUUAUUUCUCCUUUAGAAACGUGGCCCCUGGGAGGCCUACAAUGUUUGCCAUAGGCCCCCCUCUUCUAGGUGCAGCCUAUGAAUCCAAAUCCCAUAGUGCAGUGCUCCAUCUUGAGCUCAAUGAAAGGCUGCAUGCUUCAACAGGAAGCAGUGCAUGCUGGGGCCCGUAGUUCCUGGGCCACGCCUCUCCCCAAUCGCGAGUGCAGCUGCAGUCGGCUCAGUUUUAAUGCGAAUGAAAUGCAGUCCUGGAGUUGUUGCAAGUUGCCAAGAUGGCCUGCAGCUGAACAAAGGGAGGACAGCUCUGAUCCCAGGGGUGAAAGCAAUGUUGGAAGAGAACAGGGAAUGAUUCAAACAUGGGAAGCAAUGGGUUACUAUAGCACAACUAGCCUUACAUUUUAUAAUGUGGCAAAUAUUAUUGAAAAAUGACUUUUUUAAGAGGAUAAAUCAAACUAUAUAUUUUAUUCCUUAGUCCAGCAUUGGUCUGGACUCAAAUGCCCAACCUCCCUACUCUCUCGAGUACCCGGCGGGCCAGGCUACUCGAUUUACCUGCAAGUAUUUUAACUGUAUGUUACUUCACCGGGCAGGCUGCAUUAUUGCAUCCUAGCCCGUUGCUAAUAUCUACUGGAAGGAUCUCCUCCUAGAGCACCGUCUCUGCUGUUAACCCUGUUCCCCAUAGAGCAACAACAUUCACCCGGUGUGUUUUCUUUCAAGGGAGUAAAAUGGAUUUCUUUGUUACAUACCUAUCCUGCCGAUACUUCUCUUUCCCCUUUUAAAAUGUGCUUGCAGCUUGGUUAUUUGUCAGAGGAAUGGCCAGAAGCAAAAUAACCUCUCAAAAGGUGCAUGUGACACUCCCCUGAGACUGCAGGUGCCUGCCCACCGCGCACAAACAGAUCCACCGCUUUUGCUGCCGACCUACAUAUCCAUGUGAAAAACAACGACGUUUGCACUGAACAGGGCUGUGCUGAUCAGGCUUCUCCAUUGUUUCCAAAGAAAGGUUGUGGUAUUCCGAGUCCGAUUAAGCUCAUAUUGCAUGGACAGUCUCUUCUAACGGUCUCCAUUUUGUCUAAAGUUUCUUGGGUCACUUUUUCUGUUUGUUGCUAUUUUUAAAAAGCCCAAUGCUCACUAGCUCCCAUGUAGGCUCCGAAACGAGUGGCUCAGUGGAAGCCAUUGAGUGCUGAGCACUUUGGAAAACUUGGCCCCAUGUCACUCUCGAAGUAGGAAAUCUGAAGUUUUGGCCCGAAGGUAAAAUGCAAUUCUAACCGACCUGUGAAUGAGUGUUACCCUUUGUCCUCUGUACCUGAGCCACAGAGGAUGUGAGUCUACCGCUGCCCCUCUUAUGAAGCCUAGCUCUCUGUCUCAAGCUGUAGAGACUUGUGGUGUUAGCUCUGGAAGUCCCCAGGUCAGUGCCUGGGGUUGGCUGAGAUAGCAGCCACUGUUGUCCUAGGCGCUCGAUCUUGCACCAUUGAAGUCAAUGGCAGUUAUGGCUCCUGAGUUCAUCCUUAGCAGGAUGUGGCCCUGGGACUGCAAGGCAAGAGCUGAGUUGCUGUUGGUGAAUUCCAGCAGCCACCUUGUUCUAAUCUCCUAUCAAGGAAGAUGCAGGUGCAAGCGAAUGCAAGCGAAUGCUGUGUGCUUGAUCUCUAAUUCAAGUGGUUUAAGCUUAAAUGUGCAAUGUAGGUGCUCGGCCUGAGCUCAUCCCAAAGGCUACAUUAGCCACUUGCUCUUGCAUAGUUUGGAUGCCCCAGGUUAGACCCACUCCUAUGGUGCGACUUGAAAUGUAACAAACUGAUUUAAGCAUUGAAAAUACGUCAAGGCUUGGAGGACUCCUAACUGUGCCUCAUUUUCAACUCUUGUGGGGGGGUUUCCUUUGGUUAGACGUAUGCAUAGUUUUGGGGAAGGAUUCUUCGGAGGGCAGCUUUGUUGCAGCAUCUGGAUAAGAUCAGAGAUUCUGAGUACAGCGCAUAAGGUCUCUGUGUACAAAUUGACCAGAGCAGCCUUGCACCAUUAAUCCCUUGGCAUCUCCUGCUAGCAUGGGGUUUGGCUAUAUUGACUGGUGAAAUGACCCAACCCUCCCUUUAUCCAAGAGGAGUGAUGGACAUGACAGUGUCCCUACAAAACAGCUGUCUCCAGUGCAGAAAAUCUGGGGUAUGGGUGGGGGAGGGAAUCCUAAAGGGGGAGAACGUGCCUGGCUGUGCUUUCAGUGUGAGCCUGAAGACUUCAGCUGCACAAAUCCCAGCUCUGAACUAGGAGGGACUGGGAAUGGAUUGAUUCGGAUCCUUUCCGAAUGCAAGGGUUCCACACUGGAAUGUCCCGUAGCUUGAAUUCUACUUACUGUACCACUAAAAGGGAUGAAGUGACAUAGAUUGUUCUAGGCUUGUAAGGUGGGUAACUGCACAAAACCCAGGGUCAAGGAAAUACCUGUUGAGAUGGAGUUGGGUGGACUGGUUCAGAUUUGCCACCCAAAUGUCUGUCUAGCCCUACCUCUGGGAGUGGCUGAGCUGCAGUUGGGCCUGAUGCAGGGGUGGCUCAGAUUAUGUUUGUAUUAUUAUUUUAUUUUAAUCCUGCACUACUGUAUUGGUUUUGCACAGUGCUAUAAAUCUGCACAUGCCUUUGCAAGUCAGAUUCUAAUGUUCAUUUUAACCAGUUUUCUAACUCUCUUAAUUACUGAAGAAACAACGCAACUCUCCUGUUAACUGAAAUAGCUUUGGGAGAAUAAAGGGAAUUUUAACUACCUAGGUCCGUCUGCAACAACUUUGUGGGAACAGUUGCAUCAGCAGUGAUGAAUGUAGGUUGUAGGUUACUUUCACACUUGAUGUUCUAUAAAAUUAAAUCUGAGUCACAAGGCCUUUUUAAUUGCUCUUUUUAAAAUGUAAAAACCUCAAAAAAUCAGGCUUGUUUUCCUUCCCACCCUACCCUACACCCCCAUCUAAUUUCUCAGGGAUCAGGGCUUGAUGUAUAAAUAGUCCGUUGUAAAACAUAGAUCUGUUUGGUUUGUUGGAGGGUUUUGUUCCUUCGUGAGCUCUGCAGACAAGGAAAGAUGUACCUUUAGGGCUGGCCUAUAGAUGAUCCUUCUCCCACAGGAUAAGGGGAAGUUCCCUGUGCCAUUUUCUUUUGGAAGAUCAACAGAGCGAAGGGCAAGAAGAGAGGCAGUUUUGCUCCCAGUUCCAUUGUGUGACUAGGGAAUAGCCCAGCUGACGCUGGAGUUAUUCAACACUGGUGAAAGUGAGAACAGAAUGUAGCCCAGAGAAUGCACCAUGCCCAGGAUUUAGCAAGGUAUCAAAGCAUGCACUUGUCUUUAAUGGGACUAUUUAUUGGCUUAAAGCUAGGCCCAGGCUGAAGUACCUUACUCGGGUGAGGGCCAUAUUUUUGGUCAAGUGAGAAGAAAGGCUCUUUCUCUGAUUCACAAUAACAGUCCAGAAAAAUCACUUGGGGCCCUGACCAGUUGCUUAUUUACAGUGCAGGGUGCAUUUUCUAUUUUAACAUGACACGUUUCACUUACAGCUGAGUGCUGCGGAAAAAACAUGACAUACAUCUGGGGCAAAACAACACAAUUCACUUAUGCCACCAAUCCAGCCCCAGUACAUGUUUCUGCUGCAACGCUGGCUGUCAAAUUUCAAAACUGCUAUCUACGUGAAGAGUAGAUGAUGAUGAUUAAACUUUCAUUUAAGAACCUGGGCAGAGCUCCUUUACUGCAAAUAGCGUUUCUCUCCUGACUUCUCUUAUUUCUGUGUGUAUGAAACUUGGCCCUGCCUUUUUCCAAAUGGACAUCACUCCCACUAACCAAAACCAGAGGGGAAUGUUUGCAUUUUGUUUAAUAUUAAUUUUUUUGGAGGGGGAGGGUCACAUGAUCACUGAUGUAUCAUGUUUCAAACUAUUCAUUUUGAAUAAAAGACACUUUCAACCCCUU